CGCCCCGCGCCCGGGCAUUGUGCCGCGCGGGCGGCCCCGCCGCCCCCUGGUUGCCCGGCCCGCCGCGCUCCAUGGCGGCCUGGGUCGGCCUCAGGGCGGAGGAGGAGGAGGAGGCGGAGGACGAGGCGUGCUUCUGGCGGUACGACUCCACCUGGGAGGAAGACGAGGACGAAGAGGAGGAUGGCGGCGAGGGCGAGCCGGAGGGAGCGCAGGCAGCCGCCGGGGAGGAGCGGCCGGACGCGGGGCAGCGGCCGGUGCCGGGCUGGGCGCGGGGCUCCCGGCAGGCCCAGUCUAGAUGGUAUACUUUAUAUCUGAAGCUGCUAAUGUGUUUAUUCAAUACUGAGGACCAAAGAUCAAAUUCAUCACCGCUGUCUUGGAGAGGUUUUCAGUUCUCAAGCGGGCGCAACUGGAAUGCAGCAAGAGACUUGCAGAGAUACAGACAUCAUUACCCGGGUUUGGUAGAAUCAGAAAAUGAGGAGGAAGAAGACAUGUGGAACUUAAGCUUUUAUAAAAAUGAGAUUUGUUUUUUGCCCCGGGGUUUGCAUAUUGAAAAUCUGCUUGAAUCUUGGUGGGACAACUAUGAAGUUCUGGAAGAAAACCAUUCUUACAUACAGUGGCUGUUCCCUUUACGUGAACCGGGGAUGAACUGGCGUGCCAGACCACUCACAUGUCAAGAAAUUCAGGCCUUUAAGAAGUCCAAGGAAGUUAUGCAAAGGUUUAUACGUGCUUAUCAGCUCAUGCUGAGAUUUUAUGGGAUCAUUUUGACCAAUGAGGAAACUGGAGAACUUAAGAGAGCAGAGAAUUGGGCUGAACGAUUUCAAAACUUGAACCGGUUCAGCCACAACAAUUUGCGGAUUACUCGCAUCCUGAAGUGCCUGGGAGAGAUGGGUUAUGAACACUAUCAAGUGCACUUGGUAAAGUUUUUCCUAACAGAAACUCUUGUUAAGGAGACGUUACCAAAUGUCAAGAGAAGUGCCUUGGAUUACUUCCUGUUCACCAUCAGAAGCAAACAGAAGAGAAGAGAACUAGUCCACUAUGCUUGGCAACACUUCAAACCUCGGGGCAGCUUUGUGUGGGGGCCACAUGAUAAACUCUUGAAGUACAGACCCCGCUCUGCUAGGUCACAGCUGCACCAAAAGGCUGAAGAUAAAGAGGAAACACCUGGUAAAAAAUGUGAUGAUUCUGUGGAAAAGGAUCAGAACCUGUCCAUAGAGGGAGAACAGAAAGCUGGAGAUGCUGCAAACUUGCAGCCUAAAGUGAAUGAUGAAGAUGUAAAAGAUAAGUUAAGUGAAUAUGUUUCGAAGGGAGAUGGUGAAGAGGAGGAAGAGACUUCACUUACCCAGCAGGAGAAGAAGGAUUUAAGCAGUGAGGCUGAAGAAGUGCAGGGUACAGCAGAGAAUGAUUGCACAAAGGAGAGCAAGAAGAGAAAACUGGAUGCAAAUACGGCAGAUGCUAAAAAGAGUGGACUGUUGAAAAGCCCUACUGAUAUUGAAAACAUUUCCCGUAAUCUGGGAGAAUGUGCAAUUGAUGGAGAAAUCCCUUGCUCAGUUCCGCUUUUACAAGCAAAGGAGAACCAGGAAAUACUGAAAGAAGAUGAUGCAAGCACCAAAGACUCAGCAGUGCCUGAGACUGCUGAUGCAGUUGUGAAACGGAGGAAAGUUGAUAAAAGAACAUUGAGAGCCAGGGCAUGCAACUUGGCCAUAAACCUGAACAUGAACCCGAAUGUUGGGCCCUCUGCCUCCAGUGCCAAGUUAAAGCCACCUGUUGCAAACACUGAGGCUGAAGAAGAAAAUGUCAGUGGGGAAAGCACAACUGUGGAAGUGACAAGUGAGAAGCGUGGUGGUGAUGCACAUGGUGGGGAUGUGAGACCCUCAGUUGGGUCCAAGCUCCCCAAGACUGGCAGGACUUCUUCAGUAAGUGAUGGCUUGGAGUUGAGUGGGGAUCAAGUCAGAGCAAGGAGUGAUCAGAACCACUGCAGCAGCACAUUCCUGGGAAGCAAAAAUGGGGUAGAUGGGGUAGAACAGCAUAAAAAGGCAGAAAAUGCAAAUGAAAAAGGGCAGGCAGAAGUCACAGGCAACAAACAAGUUCCAGAGAGUAUUGAGCAGAGCAGCGUGGCAUCCACGUGUCCUGAAGAAGACAGUACUGAGGUUGCAACAGAAAAACGUGAAAGCUCUGAGCAUGCAGCAGAACCUGAUGAAGAGCAGGUAGCGGCAGAGUUGAGACCGGCAUGACAAGCACUCAAGCAGAGAUGACACUGCCCUAACUGCUGGGAGCCAGCUUUGGUGAUUUGGAUAGCAGAAGUACCUGGAAAAAUAAACUUCCUUUGGGCUGGUCCAGGGUAGCUCCUGUCUGGCUUUCACCCUUCCACACUUUUUUUAAAAUCAUCUGUAGUAACUUCACUGAGAUCCAGCCCUUGGUUUACCCUAAAGAGGAAAACUCCGGUCAUCUUCAUGGACAGGCUGUGUCCUGUUGCUGGUUUUUUUAUCUGAUGUUCAGGACUGUCUUGGAGCAACAGGGGUUUUUGCACUUUGCUUUGAUUCUGGUAUGUCCCUUCUUAAAGAGAAGAGGAAAACUGAUCUGUUUCCUUGUUUGAACUGGUCAAGUGUUUAUUAAAUACAUCAUUUUUAAUGUAAGACAGCAUGACCUAAUUGGCCAGGCCUUUCUAUUACCAUGUAACUUCUAUUUAUUAUUGAAAGGCUGUACCUUUCGUGGAGAUUUAUUCCUGGCAAAGGUGCUGUUUACCUAAAAGAGAUGAGUAUAUACAUUUCACAUCAUUUAAGAGUAUAGUUGCCUCUCCUCCUAUAAAGAAAAUUAGACUUCAGACUGGGAUACAAUGCAUAGUCAAAAUGUAUCUGUGACCAGUAGUGACUUGUUUGUACAGACACUGUUCGCUAGGGUGCUAAGUACUGAGCAUUUAUUCCCUUUAUUCCCCCCAGAAGUUGCUUUGUAGGGCUUGUUAGUGUUUUUAAGAAUAUGGAUCAUCUACUGAUUUUGAAGAGGAAAAACCUUCAGACUUUGCAUAAAGCUGCCUAGAGCUGCUCUUCCCCAGGCUUUUCCACCACUUGCAGACCCUUGAUAGUCUUCCACAGGUAUUUGUGUCCGCUACUGGUUCAAAGGUCUGCCUUCCUCAGUUGCCAAAACAGAACAAAUAGUUGUCAUUGCAUUUUUGGGGGCUCUGCUGUUAAUUCGCAGUGGCCUGUGGGGGCUCUCUUUUCUGCAGGCCCAUCGCAUGAAGUUAGAUGUGUCAGAUUUAACCCACUUCCUAGUUAGAGCAGGAUUGUUUUACCACUAACGAUUAGCAUGUCAGGCGGUGAGGGCAUGUUAAAGUGCAGCAUAGCUGGAAACCACUGGGCUUUGUGGGGCAGUUAAUUGAAACUUUAAUUGGAGGGGUAUGCUUGUCUGGUUGAUUUAUUUACGGCCCUCAAGAAUUUACUUUUAGACCUUGCCAGCUAUUUGCCGGCCUCAGUGUUCCUGACCUCCCUGUUAGCUGCUCUGCCUGACUUACGCAGUAUUCAACCAAGUCUGAAGGAGCGUUAAACAAUUUAGCACUUCUGCUCCUAGAGAUUUACAACAGAGGACCUGUUUCAUGAAGCAGAGGAAACAGUUUCCACCAGCCAGAAGGUCUGGACUCGCUGUUUGCUCAGAUUGUUUGGUUUACAUUUGGGGAUUUUAGGUGCUGUUUGUGUAGGAGAUGGUUAGAGGCUUACCAGCUUUGCCAGAGAGCAGAUGCAGUAGCCUGUGCGAUGUUCAUGUUUUUCCUCUCUCUGCUACAACUCUGAAGAUCUUUCAAGGAAUUUGAUCCGUGACUCGCCAGCCCAGACUGUAGGUCCUGAUCAGCAUGCCACAUACACGUGUGGGAAUAAAAAUCUGCAAGCUUAACACCUAAUGGUCGUGGUCACACACGUGCUGGAAAAAGGCUUUAAUGUUUUUAAAAUAAUUUUUUUCUUAUGAACAAAUGGAGUUAAAUAGCCAAUAAGAAUACGCUUAACUACAGAUAUAAAUACUUGAAGAUGCUGAGUGAAAAUUAUUUCAUAAAAGAUUCAUAAGAAAUUGUUAAUCAUGGCUUUUGUACAGAUUUAUAGUAAUUUUCUUAUUUAAUGAAAUUUUCAUUGUGAAUAUGUGCUCAGUUGGGGCAUAGACCAUGUAUCUUGUUAUGGUGAUGUGUGGUUUGUUUUUGUGUUUAAUGGGGUGUCCCUGUGAGCCCUAGUCCGGAGUGCUCAAACCAAACCAUUCCCUAUCAUGAUCCGGUUUAGAGUUCUGGCUGUAGGUGUACGCGUUGAGUUCACAGGAUGUUUUCCAGUUCUCAGAGCUGUAUCACAGAGUGUGUUACGUUGUCACCUAUUAAAGCAUGACUUUAAUGCA